AUGAUCGUGUUCAAGAUAUGUGCUAUCGCACGCCAGAACCGCAGCGCUCGUCAAGCGAGGCUCGUGAACGAUGUUGCUGACCUCGAAGAUGCUAUAGAAUACAUGAAGAACGUUGGGCAGGUUGUAUCUCCCGCCAUCAAUCACCUGUUCGCUCUCGAAGAUCCUCCAUUGGUGUGGAAGAAUUUCUGGAGUGCUGUCGAGGGUGCUGAGGUCGAUCUUGAGAGACUGGAAAAUGACUUGCACCAAAUUGGCAUAGUAAAAGGCUGGCACGACUUUGCCUUGAUGUGUCUUACGUUUCGUGAGCGCCGUCGAAGUGCACCAAUUUGCUCCGGCUCCUCCACAGAUUGA